GGCCGGGUCGGAAGUGACGGCGGCAGGAAGCUCCGUCCCGUUUGAAAGUGCCAGGCGGAGCCGCCGCCGCCGCCGCCUCUUUCCCGCCAUCCGGGCCGACAUGGCCGCCUUCGCCGUGGAGCUGCUGCCCGCAGGAGCUGAACCAAUGACUCUUGGCUCCCCGACAUCUCCAAAACAAGGAACUAGUGCUCAAUUUCUCCCUGGGUUUUUGAUGGGUGACUUACCUGCACCAGUGACUCCACAGCCACGUGCUUUAUAUGGCCCUUCAGUUGGUGUCAUGGAAACAAGGUCUCCACUACUUGCAGGAGGGUCUCCCCCACAACCAGUAGUCCCUUCGCAUAAGGAUAAAGGUGGUGCUCCACCAGUUAGAAGCAUAUAUGAUGAGUUAUCUAGUCCUGGGCUUGGAUCAACACCUCUGUCCUCAAGAAGAACAGCCAGCUUUACUUUAUCACUGAGCCCAUCAGUUGGAGUUUUGCCAUCAACUCCAGGAGCAGCUUCAAGCAUGUUCAGUCCCGCAAGUAUUGGGCAGCCUAAGAAGACCACUCUAUCUCCUGCUCAGCUAGAUCCUUUUUAUACUCAAGGUGAUUCCCUUACUUCAGAAGAUCAACUUGAUGACACAUGGGUAACUGUAUUUGGAUUUCCUCAAGCAUCAGCUUCCUAUAUUCUACUACAGUUUGCUCAGUAUGGAAACAUACUAAAGCAUGUGAUGUCCAACACAGGAAACUGGAUGCAUAUUCGAUAUCAGUCUAAGCUUCAAGCCCGGAAAGCCUUAAGCAAAGAUGGAAGAAUUUUUGGUGAAUCUAUCAUGAUAGGUGUCAAGCCUUGUAUAGAUAAAAGUGUGAUGGAAAACUUUGAAAGAAGCUCUACAUUCUCAACAUCUUCGAUUUUCACCCCACCUACAAAACCUGCUGGCACACCAACACAACCUGCAAAUAAUACUGCAAGGAUAUCUACCAUGAGACCUCUUGCAACAGCAUAUAAGGCUUCCACUAGUGACUAUCAGGUGGUUUCUGACAGACAAACUCCUAGGAAAGAUGAAAGUAUUGUAUCUAAAGCAAUGGAAUAUGUUUUUGGCUGGUAAUAUACAAGAGGAAGUAACACACUAAGCUGGUCAGAGUUUGAACUUUGCUACUGGCAUUUGUAGUUAGUUGUAUAACUACUGGUGGCAGUAUUUUAUCUUACGUAGCACCUAUUAUGCCUUCAGUUUAUUCAGAAGACGUAGCUUGCACUUUAAAUGAUGGCAAUGUACACAUGGUUUUACAAACUGAGUAAAUGUAAAUAAAAGUGCUUUAUCCCUG